CUCUGGACUUUGUCAUAGAUUCUGUUGACGUGCUUGACUUGUGACAAUCGACAAGAAGCACUUAGUCUCCGUACCACGUUACACACCACCACUACACACUUCCGCAAACAUGCCAAUCACAUCCGGCGCACCUGCCCAUGGCAACCCAGCACACUUGCUUCCUCCAUCCUGGACCAGUGUUAUCAGCGCCUGGCUCGCCGAAGACACACCUUCCUUCGACUAUGGUGGUUUCGUCGUAGGCGCCGCACCAGCAACUGCUCGCCUCCUCGCCAAAUCCCCUGGUAUCCUCGCCGGUGUCCCUUUCGUGGACGAGAUCUUCAAGCAAUUGGACUGUAAAGUGGAGUGGCUGGUCAAGGAAGGCGAACUCGUGGGUCAGAAUGGCAAACAACAUGUAGCCACCGUAACAGGACCCACAAGAAAUCUCCUGCUGGGCGAAAGAGUAGCUUUGAAUGUCAUCGCCAGAUGUUCAGGAAUCGCUACAAAAUCAGACUCACUCCUCCAACUCCUCCGCAAAGCCGGCUACAAAAACACCCUCGCCGGCACCAGAAAAACCACCCCUGGCUUCCGCCUCGUCGAAAAAUACGGCAUGCUCGUCGGCGGCUGCGACCCCCACCGUCAAGACCUCUCGACCAUGACAAUGUUAAAAGACAACCACAUCUGGGCCUGCGACAACAACAUCUCCACCGCCGUCCUCGCCGCAAAAUCCGCAGGCGGUUUCGCCAUAAAAGUGGAGGUGGAAUGUCAGAGCUUGAAUGAAGCGAAUCAAGCUAUCGAGGCAGGGGCUGAUGUGGUCAUGCUUGAUAAUUUUACACCGGGGGAUAUGAAGGAGGCGGCGAGGAAGAUUAAAGAGAAAUAUGGGGGUGGGGUUAGGGGGCCGCUUGUGGAGGUUAGUGGUGGCUUGACUGAGGAGAAUGUUAGGGAUUAUGUUAGUGAUGAUGUGGAUGUUAUUUCGUCGAGUAGUAUUCAUCAGGGCACCAAGCAUGUGGAUUUCUCGUUGAAGAUUGUGCCCAAGGGGGCGGAGGUUGAGGAUGGCAAGGGCGAGAGUGUUGCUACUUGAUUGGUUUGAGAAGCAGCAUUGGAUAUUGAUGUUCAUGCACAGAAUACAAAGAGAAAGAUUCAGGAUACAACAGGCAACUGACAACUGAAGCGACCUAAGAGCAUUUUAAACAAGCAUGAGAACAUACCGUGUCACAAUGAAUACAAAAGAGCGAGAGUGGUGAUACAUACAUUCCAAACCGAGAG